AUGGGCCAUAAACUUACCGAGGAAGAAUUAUUCGCGUUCGAUUUGAGCGGGUUUAUUGUCGUCAAGAAUGUCUUUUCCGAGGCUGAGAUUGAGCGGAUGAACCAAGUGGUGGACAAACACGAACCGGAGAUGGUCGAGCGGAAAGGCCAGUUACGCUUAGGAGGGAAAAAAGGAAUGCCACUCGCCGGCGACGGAACAACCGGGAGGCAAGAUUUAGGCGGGAUGCUGGCCUGGCCGAAAGGCGAGAACGAGUUAUUCCGGAAGAUGUUGACGCAUCCAAAGUUAGUGCCGUAUUACAUCGCCUUGUGCGGCGAAGGGUACCGGAUGGACCAUUUACCGCUUUUGAUUCAACAGAAACGAAACUGCGAUGGGUUUGAUUUUCACGGCGGGAGGUUGAACCAAGACGGGAGUUGGAUACAAGGUUUGGCGUACGAGUUUGUGAAUGGAAGGCCGUAUUGUCACUUGUUAGCGGCGAGCGUGGCGUUGACGACGACCAAGACCGGAGAAGGCGGGUACGCGGUCUUGCCGGGAUCGCACAAGAGUAACGUGCCGGUACCGCCGGACGUGAUGAAGAUGUUGAAGCAAACGGAAAGCGUGAGAAAUCCAGAGAUUGAAAAAGGGGACGUUUUGUUGUUCACGGAGGCGUGCACGCACGGGACCAUUCCGUGGACUGGUGAAGGGAGAGACGGGAAGAGAAGAGCGGUGUUGUAUAGAUUCGCGCCGGCGAAUAUGGCGUACGGUCGAUCGUACUUGCCGGAGUGGCCAAAAGGAACCACGGACGGGAUGUCCGACGGGGAGAAAGCGGUGUUGCAACCACCGUUUAACCCAAGGUUAGACCGAAACUUGUUGUGCGACGAUGGCGAACAAACGACGACGUUUGUCCGCGCGGAUUUUAAGAAGGCGCACGACGCGAAGGUUUUCAACAACCCGGAAGGGUAUUUUUAG